UCAAUGCCCGGAGAGUAGAUUUGGAGCUGGGACAGGGUCAGGGACAGGUGGCUGUGGAGGCGGAUGGCUGCCCGCCUGUCAGUCAGUCAGUCAGUCAGUCUGCCUGCGCUCCGGGCUUUACUCCCCCCUCUCUCUCUCUGACCCGUGAGUGCGGAGUGCGGGUGGGUGUCGGUUUGCUCCGUCGCCCUGGCUGCUCGCUGUGCGGCCGGGUGCGGCUGGUAACUGUGGCCGGGGAUUGAGCUGUCUGGUGUAGGCCGCUUGCCCAGCUCUGUGGGGUGGGGUGGGAAUGGAGGCAGGAAGGAGAGGCUGAAAAUAAAACCCACAUCAGCAGCAUCAAGUAACAGCUAAAUAGUAUCAAAAAAUAAAAAUAACUUCUGUAAAUUAGUUGUUUGUUAAGGUUCUCUUAAUUUCCACAGGUUUGACCCUGAUUUGCUCUAUUUUUAAAGGCAGGAUGUCUCUAAUUUGGGAAAAUAUUUCCAGUUAAUGUACUUUUAAAAUGUGCAGUAUCUAAUAUUUUAAAUAUACAUAUAUACACAUAUCUAUAUAUACUAUAUUAUAUAUAUAUAUCCUUUCUUGCCCCUAUCUUGGGGCUGGCCUGUGGUUUGGCCUCUGUCGUGUCUGAUUUAGCUGUUGGGAUGGAGCCUAGUUUCUUAGAUGUGCUGAUGUGGGUCGGGCUGGUCGCCCUAUUCUUGGCCUCGAUCCUCACCUUGGCGGCGUACGGCCUUCAGUGGCUUUUGGGGCGCUCCUGGGGGAAGGUUAAGGCCGGCUCCAAGGCUGGGACCGCAGUAGGUUCUCCGGGUGACCCCUCCGAAGGGGCGGCCGCCGCCGCCCUUCUCUCUUGGCUGUUGUCCUUAGAGAGCUGGAACCGUGAGUGGCAGAAGGCCUGGGUCACCGCUCUCAAUGAGGAAGCUGCGAAGAGUGGGAGUUCACUGCAGCUCAGGGUUGAUAAAGUGGGUCAGCAUUCAUCUCCACUUGCUCUAAGUCAUGUUACCAGCGUUAUCCAAUCAGACCAACACUUGGUAAGUACAUUGCAGGUUUUUGGAUGCCAUGUGACUGGAGAGUACAUUCAGUUUUCGAUCAGUGUGAUCCAGGACUCACCUGUUGCCAUGGGGUUGGAAUCUUUUCAUAUCCAAGUGUCUCCGCUUCAUAUUCAGCUGGAGAUUCAUAUUCGAGAAGUUGACGUUGUCCAAGUCACAUGGAACCUUGUGGAUCCUCAAAACUUAAGCUUGAAAGUGACGCCAAGAGUAACAAAGGAGGUGGACGAAGAGGAUACAUACCUGGAGACUAUCUAUACGUUGUUGCAGGACAUGUUGACUUCUGCCCGCCCUAUGGUCUUGCUGAGUAUGAAGGUUGCACCUUCAAAGGAAGGCCAAAAUUUGCCAAUUCCUCAGAAUUUACCAAGUGUGGAGUUGAAUUCUCAGAUUUACUCACCUCCAAAGCCGCCAAGAGCUCACGAGCGAAAACUUCUUGUGAAGAUCAUUAAAGUGGACAAUGUUGCUGAUCCUGAUAUUGCAGAGAGUAUUCAUCCAUACUGUGUUGUAGAGUUGGACAAUCCAGUGCAGAAAGUCACCAGCUCAGUGAUGAGCAGCAUUUCCAACCCCUUGUGGGACCAGCAGUUUGUGUUCGAGUUGAGUGCCAAGUCGAAGAAACUUCACAUGCAGAUUUUGGAGGAUGGAAGACCCUCAGAGAAUGCUGCCCUUGGUGAGGUGACAGUACCCAUAGACCUGUUCAAAAAACAGCCUAGCGGGAGACAAAGCUUUCGUCUGGCGAACACACAGAAUGGGAAUAAUUCAGGGUCCAUCACAGCCGAGUUCUGUUACAUGGAACCUAAUGAAGUUAAAUGCCGGCAAUCCCCUUCACUGCUUUCAGCAAAGAAAGUGGAAAAGGAUCGAACGGUCAUGCCUUGUGGCACAGUUGUUACAACAGUAACUGCUGUGAAGACCAAGCCUCGAACAGAUGGGAAGCUUUGUGGAACUCCAACAGACUCCCCAGUAAAGAUCUCUACAGAAGUGAAAGAUGCUGAUUUGGAGACCUUGGCUGUAGGAAACUCUGAACAGGGAGCACCAGUUAGUAAAGUCUUGUCAUCAUCUGAUACAGAACUGCUGCAAUUGAGUGGCACAGACCCAGUGGCUGAAGCAGCGAUUCGACAACUAACUGAGUCUGCAAGGCAUGCGUUGAAAUCUCCCAUCAAGAAAAGUACAAUUGUAAUUUCGGGUGUUACAAAGGCUCCCUUGGCUGUCGAUGAUGAAAUGACCUUGUCAGCUGAUUACGCAGCUGCGAUGGAUGCAUCCUUGAGACAGGAAGCUGAGCCCCACCUUUCCUCUGAGUGCAUCGCUGGACUCCCGGCGGAGCAAACAUUAACUCGCGGUUUACCCACGGCCGAGCUUUGUGCUGCCGAGGGAUCUUCGCCAAUGGCGCCCACAAUUAGAGCUGGUCAGGAAUUCAGCCAGUGGAAUGAUGGCUCUCAGGAAGACCUGGAUUUUGAACAGAGGUCCAAUGUUUCCAUAGGUGGCUCUGAAGCAGGAACUGUGAAAAAAUCUAGAGGUGGCUUUAUGCGGAGUGGCGCAAAAUUCUUCUUCCGGCGGAGACGACAUCAGAAGGAGCCUGGGAUGAGCCAGUCACACAAUGACCUGGUUUAUCUGGAGCAGCCAAUGCCACUGGAAAAGGAGAGGAAGUCAGCCAGGAAGCACAUUAAGAGGCUUUUCCCGAAAUCCAAAAGCAAAGCUAAAUUUAACAGCUCCCCACUGGACUAAAGUUCACUGAACACUUUAGAGCUUAACUCUCUCCCUCGCUAUCUUGUCCUGCCCUCUUCCUCCGUCCCAGCCUGUUGCACUGUGACUAGGGAAUGUGCAAACUCCAAAAGCCUGAAGGUAUUGUUUGACUUGCAAUUACUGAGGCUUGCUGCAUCAGAAUUACUCCAGUUUAGAAGGAAACCUAUUUUUUAAGAUGUCACUUUUCACUUAUUGCAGAAAAUAGCAACUUUUUUUUUUGCGUGAUGGGUUGUUGGUGGGCCUGUUAGCUUCUGGAUUUUCUGUCAUGAACGUUGGGUAUAGUUGCAAGCCUUUGAAAAUUUUGGGGCGUUUUCAACACUACGUUUUUCCAUGUGCCCAAUUCCUACUACAGAUAAACCUACUCCUGCAACCUUCCUGUUCAGCUGAGGUUUUCAUAACUAUUGAGGUAUCAUUGCCAGAUUAGAGGCAGUUUUGCAAGUAUUUAUUAUGCUCUGUAUCCAGUCUACUGUCAAUUGCCCUUUGUCAUAUGGUGUUUAAAAUUAUUGCAAUUUUUUUAAAACACAAAAUGGUAACUUGUCAUUUCCUCGGUUCCAUUGUUCUACUUUUUCUCUUCUCAGCUCUUCCUUCAAUAAUCCAUUCCCCCGCUCCGGGCCAAAAAAAUCCGUUCUCUUCUCCCCAUUUUUCUAAAGUCCUCUGAAAAUGAGAGGCCUACUCCCAGGCUUCAGAAGAUGGGACAGUUCCAGCGCCUCAGUGAGCCAAUUAGAAUGAUUUGCAUUCUCUCCAUUUUAGUUUUUAUUCCCUUCAAAGACAUUCCUGAUAAGAGUAUCAUCCCGUGAGCGAUUUGUGAUCAGAAUGCUGAUUUUUCCACACACACACACACACACACACACACACACACACACACCCCCCCCCCCCCCCCCCCCCCUCACCUUUCUGAAUGGUGCCAAUCCAAUGACAAUUUUACCUUGAGCGUUGUGAGUGAAUGACGAGAUUUUGGAGUAGUUCUCUUUUGUAGGAGCUGUCAGAUGGGCCAUUUCGUAGCAGGGAUUGGAGGAAAGAAGCGUGUGCCAAAUGGGAACCAGCCACCCUGCUUCGACCCCAUGCUAAGAAUUCCUCGCGGAAGGGAAAGCUCUGAGAGAAAUUCCCUGAAAGAGGGAGAAGGAUCCUGAGUGGAAUGACUGCCUCUUCUAAAACAGAGUGUGGAGUUCCAAUGAAAAAUGUCGAUACAAUUGCUGAAUUUGGGAGACCAUUGUAAUGUUUAAGCCAAAAUAUCAAAACAAUUAGGUUUGGUUUGUGCCAAAAAGAAGCCAUAUCUUGUAACCUGUUAUUUUAUACUGCAGUUUCACAUCACGCUCAAAAGCAUUAAUUUCCCCUCUAUGGGACUGAGAAUCCCUGAACUGCCGGAGCUUGGGACUAAAGAUUACAAGCCGGCUCUUGGCUUUUUACAGUUUGGGAAUUGGAAUUUAUGAAGCAUGGAAUAAGCAUAAGAAAAGCCACCAUGACAUCAGUACAAUUGAACAAGUAAUUGGUCACUUUGUUGAAGGUAUUUGAAAUAGGACAGAACUCUCAGUUCAGUAGGAUUGCGUGUGUGUAUAGCUUCCUUUUUUUUUCUGUCGGUUGGUAUUUUAGGGAUUGUAACGUCACCUCUAACACUCAAAAAUAAAUAAAUAAUCUUGAGCUUCCCACAGGCCAUGUGAGCAUGCUGCUGCACUGUGCCACUUUAAGUGCCACAUGUUUAGUGGAACCAGAGGAACUUUUCAAGACUGCACUUGAAUUAUUUUUAAAACUGACCAGAGAAGUUGUCGCCUGAAUCUGUCGUUUUUUCAUAACGUCUCCAAGUGCUUGUUCUGUCCAGUGAUUUCAUGCUGUUUCUGAAGCCUUGAAGGGACACCUCCUCCGAGCUGUGGGCGGGGGGCAACUGAAAGGGAAAUUGGUUGCAGAUACCCAGUUCUGAAGCUGCCAUUUAUUUGUAAGAAGCUGAUCAGCUAGCAGGGUGAAUACCUGAUAAUCUUGGCGCAUCCCCACUGUUUGCUGGCAUGUUAAUCCAGGCUUCAGAUUUAAGAGUUAAAUGGACUGUGUGUAGGUGUGGCUACACCAAUAGGACAAACCUAAAAUUUUGUACCUUUCUACCUCUGGUGAGUUUUUAAAAACAAAUCCUACAUUAUUUGGUUUACACAACUGUGUCCAAUUGUCAUCUUUUAUGCUGUGACUUUUUUUUGCUACUGCCAAUUUUGCCUAAAAGUAUUUGGGAGCCAUUGAAUUACUGUAGUGGUUUGCCUUUCCUUUGCUUCAGAUUGUACUGCAACUUAGCACUGCUUAGGUUAUAGCCAUAUUGUCGACCUGUAACUCUACACAUGCAAUUGAUGUCUAUUUGCUGUCUAGCUAUGCUGAUGGAAUAUUUACUGUUUUUAUGAACUAAAAUUUAGUGACAAAAUCCAAAACUAUACAAGUUCUGUAAAUAGCAAAAGAACUUGUAUUUUUCCAGAAUGCUUUUCCGGCUCUGUGGCUGUAUUCUAUUUCCUAGGGAAGAAACCAAACACCCCCCCCACCCCCCUCCCAGGAUGCUCCAUUUUACUUUUACUGCCUGUGCCAAGUUCUGAAUGGAGUAUAAGGACCAAUGAAAGCCUUGUUACUCUAUUUCCUUUGCAGUUCAAUUGGUCAAGAGGUGGCAUGAUAUUCGACUGUUCCUGUGGAUUUUGUCACUUCCUUUAAACUUUUUUCCCCCCCAUGUUUUCCUCACUCCUCAAUCGCCCCCCCCCCCCCUUUUCUAUUCCACUGAGUUAUUUUGGGGGAACAAAGUGUGUGCUGGGUUUACAUGUUGCUGUUCUUUCACUAUGGGCUUCCAGGUAUUCUAUCUAGCUCAGUGAAUUUUUUUUAUAUUAAAUGAUAUUAAGUAAUAAUGUUGUAAGUAGAGAAGUCUAAAAUUAUUCCUAACGGGUGACCUACCAAUCAUUUGUGUGUGUGUCUGUGUGGUUUCUGUCAGUUUAGGACUUUAGUGUUCAGUACUGACACUUCCUACUCAAAACUGAGGGUGUGGUAUCAACAUACUGUAUACAUUUCCAUUGUUUUUCUCCCU